AUGGGAGGAGUGAGACAGAGAGCGAUGGCUACAACACUUCCAAAGCUGAUACAAAGUCUUCGAAAAGAAUGCCCAAAGCCAAGAAUAAAGCAAUUGCCAUCGCUGAGACGCGCUUUCUCUCUCUACGAUCAGAUCAAUAUCAUCGACAACGUCCCUGAAGACCAGCUCCGUUUUCAAGGGUAUACUGAGACGGGAUUCAGAGUGAAUGGGGUGGAGUAUGAAGGUAGCUUGCUUUGUGUCGGCAACUUGGUCACCUCUUGGGCUCCCGCUUCCUUCUCUCAGAUUACUCCUGACAGUUUAUCCAUCUUUAAAAUUGUGCGGCCUAUACCAGAGGUUUUGAUUCUUGGCUGUGGAAGAUACACUCAACCUGUAGAUCCUGAACUGAGGCACUUCAUUCAGAGGAAUGCUGCAUCAACCUACAACAUACUGAAUGAGGAAGGUAGAAUUGUAGCUGCUGCACUUCUCCCAUAUGGAGUUUCUUCAUGA